AUGAUUGCGGGUGAGCCAGCACUUGAGGACAACAAGAAUACUAUGCUGUGUGCUAUUAUCAUUGCCAAAAUCUCUCCAGCAACUCAUAGAAACGUUGUGAACGCAACAAACAAGGUCAACACCCAGCUCCUGUGGAAAGCCAUCCUAAAACGGUUCAUCUCAUCCAAACCAUCCAACCGAGCUCGUGUGUACAACUCCUUUGCCAACAUCACGUUUGACGUCAGCAACAUAGAAAAAUUCAUAACCGAAGUAAGGAGCUCCAUUGUGAAGAUGGAAGAUGUCAAAAUAAAACUUCCUGAAGAUAUUUUCACCUACAAUCUUCUCAGACAACCCCCCAGCAGUCUGGACAACAUCAAACAGAGUAUUACUCAUUCUAAAUAUGGCAAAGAAAUCAAUCCGGAAUCUCUUCUGAAUCACCUCAAAAUCCACCUCAACAAACUCAAGGUGGCAAUUGCAAGCAAGGGCAAAUCGGUCACCACUACCAUAUUUACUAAGGAAGGUGUGUUGAUAAUCGCACUCCUACCCCCUCCCCGCACGCCCACGCCCCCGCCCCUCGGAAGCGUGUUUUUUCAAUGA